AUGUAUGAAGUUAUGAAUCUAUUGAUGAUGUCAGUAUCAUCAAGUAGCAACUCAAGCUCAGAUGAAGAUGCUGAAGACCAUAUUGAUUUGGUAAUGUUUAUGUAUCUAAAGAAGCACGUCAAACUCGACCGAAAGCCUUGCAGGACCUCUACCCUUAGCGAAAAAGAGUAUUUACGGGAAAUAGUUUGUGGGAAUCCUAUCCAAUGCUACGAGUUAUUUAGGAUGAAGCCACAUGUGUUUUUAAAUUUAUGUGAUAAACUAAAGUUAUUGGGUUUAUUGCAAGAUUCUAGGAAUGUAAGUAUAGAAGAAGGCAUGGCAAUGACUUUGCGGAUUUUAUGCCAUGGUAAUACACAAAGAGAAGUUUCAGAUCGGUUUCAACAUUCUACUGGAACAAUUCAUUACUGGUUUAAAACUGUGUUGAGAGCACUAAAGGCCUUUGCGUUAACUGUGGUUAAACCCGUUGAUAGAGGUGCAGUUCAACCGGAAAUUCUAGCAGAUUCAAGAUGGUAUCCAUUCUUCAAGAAUUGUAUUGGCGCCAUUGAUGGUACUCAUGUUGCAGCUUGGGCACCUGCAUCAAAACAAAAGUCAUUUCGAGGAAGAAAAGCGGUGCUUGUCACUCAAAAUGUUAUGGCGGUUUGCUCACAUGACAUGAUGUUUACUUUUGUAUAUACCGGUUGGGAAGGAACGGCUAAUGACUCUCGGGUUUUUUAUGAUGCUAUUAAUAGACCAGAAAACAAAUUUCCUAUGCCGAGUGGCGAUUAUUUUUAUGUUGUUCAUAGUGGGUAUCUAAAUUUGAAAGGAUUUUUAGUCCCAUAUCGUGGUGAGCAAUAUCAUCGUUCUGAUUGGCAAGGUGAUGAGCGUGUAACAGGAAAAGAAGAAAUGUUCAACUUCAUACACUCAUUUGUUCGCAAUGUCAUAGAACGUGCAUUUGGUGUUCUUAAAGCAAGAUUUCGUAUAUUAAAAGCUAUACCAAAUUACCCUUUGAGACGCCAAAUGUUGAUUCAACAUGCAUGUUGUGCGUUGCAUAAUUACAUAAGAAUGGAGGAUAGGGCCGACAAAUUAUUCACCGAAUAUGGUCAAGAUUAUCUUGAAGUUCCUCGUGAAAGCUCAAACGUGAUCCAAGAAGGUUUUUCUUUUGACAUGACCGAUAAUAACGAAAUGCUUCAAGUUAGAGCUUCAAUCACUAAUGCCUUGUGGGAUAAGUACAUGAGUCGUCGUCAAUCUCGUAGGCAACAUUGA